ACAGCUUCUCUAAAGUAGAGGCAGUUUCUGAACCCUAGGCAGCUGCCUGGCAGUUCUAGCUGGUGAGCGCCAAUGCACAGCGCUGCCGGGAACGAGCUGCUUUCUUGAGCCCCGGCUCUCUCUCACUUUUGGAACUAUCUCACCAUCCACAUUUCUCUACUUUGAGAAUUCUCCCACGUCAUGGACCUCGUUGGGCUGCUGAAGUCCCAGUUUCUGUGCCACCUGGUCUUCUGCUAUGUGUUCAUCGCCUCGGGGCUCAUCGUCAACGCCAUCCAACUGUGCACACUGGUCCUCUGGCCCAUCAACAAGCAGCUGUUCCGCAAGAUCAACGGCAGACUGUGCUACUGCGUCUCCAGCCAAUUGGUGAUGCUUCUGGAGUGGUGGUCAGGCACGGAGUGCACCAUCUACACCGACCCGAGGUCCUCCCCGCACUACGGGAAGGAAAACGCCAUCGUGGUUCUCAACCAUAAAUUUGAGAUUGACUUUCUCUGUGGAUGGAGCCUGGCUGAGCGCCUUGGGAUCCUGGGGAACUCCAAAGUCUUGGCCAAGAAAGAGCUGGCUUAUGUCCCAAUCAUUGGCUGGAUGUGGUACUUCGUGGAAAUGAUCUUCUGCACACGCAAGUGGGAGCAGGAUCGGCAGACGGUCGCCAAGAGCCUGCUGCACCUCCGGGACUACCCAGAGAACUAUCUGUUCCUGAUUCACUGUGAGGGCACACGGUUCACAGAGAAGAAACACCAGAUCAGCAUGCAGGUGGCUCAAGCCAAGGGACUGCCCAGUCUCAAGCACCACCUGCUGCCACGCACCAAGGGCUUUGCUAUCACCGUGAAGUGCUUGCGAGAUGUAGUCCCAGCUGUAUAUGACUGUACACUCAAUUUCAGAAACAAUGAAAACCCAACACUGCUGGGAGUCUUAAAUGGAAAGAAAUAUCAUGCGGACUGCUAUGUUAGGAGGAUCCCGAUGGAAGACAUCCCGGAGGAUGAGGACAAGUGCUCAGCCUGGCUACACAAGCUCUACCAGGAGAAGGAUGCCUUUCAGGAGGAAUACUACAGGACAGGGGUCUUCCCAGAGACCCCCUGGGUUCCCCCACGACGGCCUUGGGCUCUGGUCAACUGGUUGUUCUGGGCGUCGUUGCUGCUCUAUCCUCUCUUCCAGUUCCUCGUGAGCAUGGUCAGCAGCGGUUCUUCAGUGACGCUGGCUAGCUUGGUCCUCAUCUUUUGUAUGGCCUCCAUGGGAGUUCGAUGGAUGAUUGGCGUGACAGAAAUCGACAAGGGCUCUGCCUACGGCAAUAUCGACAACAGAAAGAAACAAACAGACUGACCUGGGAACGUUGCCUCCAACGGGAACCUUGGGGAACUGUUGGCCCCUGCCUAGCCUUCUUAGUAGGGUUCAGUGAUGGAGCCUGGGAGCCUUGCUGGGAGGAGCAGAAGCCAAAGCCCCUCCAGUCACCGAGU